AUGGAGCGGUUUUCAAAGUUGGUGCUCCUCAAUAGUCAGCCCAGCAGUUUGUUUCAAGGCAAUAACUUACUUCAUCUACUCCACGAUGUUCAAACUUCGGAAAAUUUAGAAUACUUUCAAGCAAGAGAUGUAAUUAUAUGUGUGGGAAAUGCUAUUAGCAGCUGUCCGGAUAAUGCGCUUCAGCAAAAAGAUUUAUUACUUUCCAUUUCCGAACUUCUCUUCAAACGGUCUUCUAAUUUUAAAGAAAGCUCGUCAGAAACUCUUUUAAAGAAGGUUUUGGAUGGAAUCUUUGUGCCACUCGCCAAAUUGUCUAAAUCAACUGCCUGUGACGUUGUACAAAGGUUUUUGGUUCGUAUGUUGGAAAUAGUUUUGAAUAAUAAUUCUGACUUGGUUGGGCGUUUCGAUGUCCUUACUUCAUUGAAUUCCAUGCUUUCGGGUAUUCCCAGUACUAAAAGGAACUGUCUUUGGAACGAUCGUAGUCUAAGAACAGCUAUCUCCAAUUUCGGAGCUGGUUUGCGCGAUUUAGGUGAUUUCGAUCUCCAAGCCCAUUCUUCUGCCCUGCUGCUCAGACUCGUUCCUCGAGAAAUCCAGAGACAAUUUGCAUCAACUUAUAUCAUUCGAGAGUUUCCGACGAUUGCACAAGAGUUCUCAAAUAUCGGAGGCGUAAAUUUUGAAUUCGAAGUUCGGUCGUUCCUAAACACAAUCAAUGGUGUAAAAAAUGUUGAUCCAAAAAUCAUCUCUUUGCCGUGUGAGACUUUGAAGCUUUGUGAUUUAUCUCUGAGAUAUCCCGAAACCCCUAAUGUCAAAGGGGAUGUGUUUUGGUUAGACUUCAAUUUGGGUACCAACCGAAUCACAUCAUAUUGUUUGGCACCUCUUAAUCAAACCUCACAAAUUUCGGACUGCACAUCUCAAAGUUCGUAUACAUGGGAGAUCUUAACAAUCUAUCCAGAACUACUUGAUUGUUUGGAUAUUAAGCUUGAAACGGGUGUUAUUGUUGUACGUUUCACCAUGACUGAGCCGAUCAAAGAUGUAUGUGAGUGGGCAAAGUCAGUUUCUGGAUAUGUCAUUGAAGCAAGAAUCAUAGUGAGUGCUCUGAGUAAGAAUUUCUUCCAGCUGAAGUUUACAUCACCAACUGUUGUUGACGACAGUGAAGAAGCCAAUUUAGUCUCUAUUUUGAGGCGUUUACAAUCUUUGCGUCAGCAUUUUGAUUUUGAAACUUUCGAGACAACCACUCAUUCGAAAUCUCAACCACUUGUUAGCAGUAACUAUUUUGGUUCAAUAGCUACCUCACCUGUAAAUGUCGAUUCCAUUAAACGAGGAAGUUUUACUCAAAGUAAACCGUUGCCGAAGCUGAUGGAGAUGUGUACACCUAAGCUGCUGAACAAAUCAAGUACAUCAUACCAGUCAUCUAUUGCGUGUUCUCCUAUUGUAUACAAUAGUAAAAUUUACUCCGUGGUUACGAAUGAUGAAGAUUCGCAGAUCCAGCUAAGUAAUAAAAAAGACGAAGCACUACCAGGAGAUGGUGUUACUUGUGAUCCUACGGAAGUAAUUGUCACACCAGUCACUUCAGUGCACAAAUCUGACAGUUCAACUGAAAAGCUUGAGACAACUGAACCUUAUUCCCGAAAUCUUUCGGAUGAGGAAGUUCACGAAAAAUCACUUCAUGCUAACUUUACUGUUAAUAAUAGGGCAUUAGAUGUUGAUCUGGAUAAAUCUACACCAGAAAAACCUCGUAAAGUAUUUAUGAAUACUUCACCAGUAAUUUGUCUAAACAUCUUAGAACCUCAAAUCAAAGUCGAUCUUAAUGAGUUUGAUGUAAAAACACCUGAGAAUAUCAGAUUAAAUUAUGUUGAAGCUAAUGUUAGCACAAAUGUUUUCGAAGAAUUUGUAGACAACUUGUCAUCAGUGUCAUCUUUUAAAGUUAUUUACAAGUUAACAGAAGUUGACACGAGUGCGAAACAGCUUGCUAAGAUUACUAAUGAACCACAAGUUCUUACAGAGAACUUUGAUUCCAAUAUUUUGAAAAUUCCUGACUUAGCUAAAUCACCUAAAUCUAAUUCUGAUCCAAUAAUAGUAAUUUCUGAAAAACAAAAUGACUCAAACUUACGCACUCGCGAACCUGAAGUCCCAGAACCUGAUACCUCUCUAUCACUAUCAUCAUUGGUGGAAAAUGACUCUCCAAUUCAUAAUAUUCUUCCUACUUCUUCCUGUUUAAAACUUAUUACUUCUAAACCAAAAUGCAAAAGUUCACUGUUAACUAGUAGAAGCUUCUGCGCAUCUGCAAACCAGUCUUUAUCUAUUUCGACGAAAAAGCUUUGUAAUAUAUCAGCUUCUUAUCUUCUGGAUAUUUCACCUGAAGGAGUUCGUUGUCCACUAACUCCUGAAGAAUAUACAGUUGUAUCAUUACCCAAACUAUCUACACAAGUUACAUUAAAGGGAAAAACAAGAAGAGGCUCCAAACAAUUAACUACUAAGCGCAAGAUCGAUAAUCAAAUAAAAGACCAAAUAUUACAUGAACUUGAUAAAUCUUCAUCAUCACCUAAAACUAUAUUCACAUCAUCCUUGGAAUCAAAUGAUUCUUCAGAUGUCGAUUAUCAACCACUUCGCGUUCGACUUGAUUGUUUUAAUUCAACUGAAAGAAGACGAAGUGCACGAUUGUUAAAUAAAAGUCAAAAUAAUUUAGAAACUGUUACUAAAUUGGAUAUGAAUUCAUCACAAUUAAAAAAUGAUAUUUUAUCUUCAAAUCUUUCACAAACAUCAUUAUCAUCUAUCCCUCAUACAGAGACAGAAACACCUAUAAAUAUUCAUAAAAUAAUAAAACCAGUGUCUACAUUUAAAAAGAAAAAAUUCUUUGCUACUACUCGUUCAGAAAGAUUUGAAAAGGAAAAACAACGAUUUCAAAAAGCAUGUGAAAUUUCGAAUGUGAAUAAAAAAAACCUGAAAUCAAAGAAAAAUUAUGUGAAAAAUGAAAAUCAGAAAAAAUUGAAAGUAACAGACAAUAAUGAUCAAAGAAAUCAACGAUCAAAGAAGUCUACAUCUAAUCCUUUUCCAACUAUGAAAGAGGCAGUUCAAACAGCGAUUUUACCUCAUUCAAUGCCAGUUGAUAGUGAUCAGGACUUCAAUGUAGAAAUUGUGGAUCCUGAUGAUGAAAUAGUCGACUCAAACGAUGAUGAUAUUAUAUCUCGUUCAUGGAAACCAGCUAAAUUGUCUGGUAAACUUAGACGAUUAUGUACGAAACCAUGUGAUAAAAAGUCUCCGCUGGUUUUGCUCAGUCCACAUUUUGAGUUCGAGAAAAAUGGUUCAAAUAACUAUUCAUCUCAACUCAGCGAUACUUCGAGUGCUGCAAGUUUGUUUGCAAUGACUCCUCCAAAACAUUUUCCAAAACAUAUUGAAACGGGAAAACGAACUAAAGUUAUUCCACUUACUAUAUUCACAUCAAUCAAUCAGACCAAUAAAGAGAACUUUAAAUCAACUAGUGAAAAACAUAUUCUAGAAGAAAAUUCAUGUGAUAAGAAUUUGUCAGUUUUCAACACCAUUGAAUUAGAAUCAGUCAAGUCAAAUGCUCUAAGCGAUGAGUGGAAUGGAACUACAGAACAGUUCAAUCGAAAUUCAUUCGACCGAUCUCCUUUACCUGACAAUUUGUAUAAUAAUGGCUCGAAAGAAUUGGAAGUAUGUUCACCUAUGAAUUUUGAAACGUUUUUACAACAUGUAACAUUAAUCUCUACAAAAGUUGAAGAAAAUAUACUAGCCCAUCAAGAACUUGAACAAAGAUGGAUUUCACUUCAAAAAGAACUUUCCGAUUUAAAAUUAAAUAUUCAAGUAACAGUCAAUAAGGAUACAUAG